CAAAACACUCGGUAUCACUACCGUUGGACUUCUCAUAGGGGAUUGCAAAAUGACGCAUCCUAUGUUUGUUUCCUCCCAACUACCCUGAGAUGCUGUGCUCGGUGCCGAUUUCUUACAUCACCUAGGGUGUUCAAUUGAUUUGGCCAACGAACGUCUACGAUUGGCUAAAUGUCACCUCCCAAUCGUCUCAGCCCAUACUGAACACGACCAUGUGUGUGCCGCUAACGAAGUGCCCACCUCCGUAGAUUCACAAAUGGAAGCUUUCCUACUAUCGUUCCAAGACACCAUUUCUCCCAUUGUGCUUAAAAUGUUGCGUAACAUCGUACAGAAAAGCUCCUCCGCUUUUGCUUGGGCGGGAACCCCACUUGGACGCACCGAUAUCCUGCGCCACAAAAUCGACACUGGGUCAACGGCCCCGAUCACCCAUAGUGCCCGUCGGGUCCCUGUCCAGUACCGGCAGGAGCUCGAGAGUAUGAUAAAGGAGAUGUUGGAUGCAAAAAUCAUUACCCCGUCGAAAUCGCCAUGGGCCUCACCCAUGGUUCUGGUUAAGAAGAAGACAGGCACGCUACGCCUAUGUGUAGAUUAUCGCAAACUUAAUGAAGUGACUCACAGGGACUCGUUUCCAUUGCUUCGGAUCGACGACACCUUGGAAAUCCUCGAUGGUGCUUAAUGGUUUUCAACUUUAGAUCUUGCAUCGGGAUAUUGGUAGGUGGAGGUCGAUGUACAGGAUAGAGAGAAAACAGCUUUCAUACUACCAACGGGACUGUAUGAAUUCCAAAGCAUGCCGUUCGGAUUGUCAAAUGCACCCGCCACAUUCCAGCGGUUAAUGCAUAUCGUGUUGCGAUCUUGGAUCCCACACCACUGUUUAGUGUACUUAGAUGAUGUGAUCGUGCAAGGUCGUUCCUUGGAGGAACAUUUGGCGAAUCUCGAUAAGGUUUUACGUAGCCUUUCGGACGCUGGUCUUAAAUUGCGACCACAAAAGUGCCAACUCCUAAAAAAGGAAGUAACGUUCCUUGGACAUGUUAUCACUCCGGAGGGGAUCCAAAGUGAUCCGGAAAAGAUUAGGACUAUAAAAGACUGGCCGACUCCAAGAACCACAGAAGAGGUGCGUCAGUUUCUUGGCCUGGCUUCAUACUACCGACGGUUUGUCCGUAAUUUUGCUGAUAUCGCGGGACCGCUACACCGCCUUACAGAGAAAGGGAGGCCUUUUCGUUGGACCCCCCAGUGCGAACAGGCGUUCGAUGCCCUACGACAAUUGCUCACAACGUCGCCGAUUUUGGCGUUUCCCGAUCUGUCCCCAUCAGCUGGUCCAUUUAUCCUCGGCACGGACGCGAGUGAUACAGGAAUUGGGGCUGUCCUAUCCCAGAAAGGAGCGGAUGGGUUGGAGCACGUGAUAGCGUACGGCAGUAGAUGUUUGAGUAAACCCAAGCGCAAUUAUUGUGCAACGCGCAAGGAGAUGCUGGCUUUGGUAGUAUAUACAAAACACUUUCGACACUUCUUGCUGGGUCGACAUUUCAUCGUCCGCACAGACCAUCAUUCUCUGAAGUGGUUGCAAAACUUUCGUGAUCCAGUGAGACAGGUUGCCCGCUGGCAGGAGCAGUUACAAGAGUAUGACUACGAAUGUGUUCACAGACCUGGUAAGCGACACACUAAUGCCAACGCGCUCUCUCGGCGAAGAGGCCAUCAUCAAGUGGGCUGUCCCUCGUGUGCACAACAUCAUGUCGACGUGAUUUCCUUGGUUAGUUCGGACUCUACUGAGUGGUCCGAGCUUCAAAAGAACGAUCCGGACCUUAAGUUCAUUUAUGAAAGGUUGAUAACUGAAGGAAUUAAACCAACGAAAGCAGAGAUGACAGGUUUGAGCUGGGAGGCCCAUUGUGUGUGGUCUGUUUGGGCACGCCUCACUAUCCAUGACGAAAUUCUCUACUAUCAAUAUGGGCCAAAUUACCCGAAGCGCAUCGUGGUUCCUUUGCCCAAAGUGGACUCCGUGUUGCAACAGCUUCAUGCAGAGCUAGGGCACGCUGGGCAAAAGAAAAUGGAAGAAGCCGUCGAACAGCGAUUCUGGUGGUCUUGCCAACGCAGAGAUAUUGUAAACUUUUGCAAUAGAUGUCACGACUGCCUUCGUGCGAAACCACCCCGGAGACCCAACUGUGCACCUCUACAACCAAUUUUGACGGGGUAUCCAAAUCAAACGGUAGCGGUUGACAUCAUGGGACCCUUACCUAUGACGACUCGAGGAAACCGCUUUAUUUUGGUCCUCGUCGAUCAUUUUACCAAGUGGUGUGAGGCCACCCCUUUAGCACGUACUGAUGCGGUUACUGUUGCGCGGACUGUUUUUGUACAAUGGAUCGCACGUUGGGGGCCCCCAGAGCAGAUACAUUCGGAUCGAGGUUCGAACUUCGAGAGUAUAGUCGUGUCAGAGUUGUGUCAGUUGCUGGGCAUUCGUAAAACACUUACAACUGCAUAUCAUCCACAGGGAAACGGCACAGUGGAACGCGUUAACAGAUCUCUUAAGGCACUGCUUAAGGCUUUCAUCGACGGACACCAUGUGCACGACUGGGAUCUCGCUCUUCCACAUUGCUUGCUAGCUUACCGCUCCACCGUACACGCCUCGACUACCCAAUCUCCCCAUUUCAUGCUUACUGGUAGAGAGAUACGGCUCCCUCUCGACUUAACGUUACCUCGCUUGGCGGUUAACCCGUUGCUAGCCACAAAUUACGUCACGAAAUUGAGAAAUGAGUCACACCGCGCACAUCACUUCGCACGAAACUGCUUGGAUAAUGCUCAGAGGCACCAGAAGGGCUAUUACGACCGCAAGGUAGAGGGUACACCCGUGCAGCCCGGACAACUGGUUUAGUUACACUCAACCGUACCAUCACCCGGCCAUUCAUCGAAGGUACAUAAGGAAUGGGCUGGACCAUACGUUGUUAAUGAGGUGUAUGACGACUGCACCUGCCGCAUCACGGACAGUGCCUGUGAUGCUCGUCCUUCUAUUGUGGUCCACUUUAAUCGACUGAAACCUGCUACCCUGAGUUACACUGGCCCGGAGCAUACUCGCAAUCUUGCAUUAACCGUACCAGAGGCUGUUGAGAACGUGGAGAUAAUGGCUGAGACAACCGAUCCGGUACAACAGUUGCCUGCAGGUGUUGAGGACAACACCUAACAAUAAGGGGGGAGUAGUGUAGUGCCUCCGCAUCAACUUAUCCAAUGUCCGCUAUCUUUUCCUUUCUCUCUUUUUUUUCAUUUUCCUUCCCGAGAAACCCCAACACUGAUAAACUUGAAGACAAUGACUGGUGAACUUUUAACCACUUGUGUACCUACUGUUUUCUUUCCUGAACUCUGUGUUCAAAUGCAUGGCACGGUAACUAUGGGGCUCGUGUUGAAUACACCUUUUCCUACCUUCGCUCCGUGUUCUUCACUGCAUCCGUGUUCCCUCGUCGAACCCUCUGUUGUGGCCUGUGUGACUGACUGUGUGUGUUCCACUCUUAUUCCAGCACGUUAAAUUACCGGCCCAUUUGCCUUCGUCAUCCUGCGCAUUACAUAGUCAUGUCAAUAAUUAGCCACUCCCACUGUGAAGCAAGGAGGAUAGUGGAGGCCUGGAUUCUUUGUGACUAUGAACUGGCUCUUUCGGAAAUAAUCGAGCACAUCGAAAAAUACUGGGAUGAUCGGUCAUAUUCCUUUACUCGUUGCAAUCGAGCGGUUAUGAUUCAUUCAAUGGAAACUGAAAACAAUCAGGAGUCACAAGAGCUUUUGCUAAGUAACUUGUAAAAUUUGAUAGAUCAGCAUUGUAUUUGCAAUUCCCUUUAUUCAAGGGCGAUCAGUACCGUCAAGACUUGACUCAAGAGCCACCGUGGGUCCGUUGUCCGAGAAACACUACAUCAGAGUGAACUACGGUGUGGAACGGAUUUGUCACAAAAGGCGGAACGAAUUGAUGGUAAACUUGAAAGGGAAGGAUGUGGUGAAGACUGUCAAGGAAGCACAGAAUCGACUUAUCAAAGAUACGCAUGAGAAUCCCUGCCUCAUGGUACUCGAAGGAAGAAGCGCGCUUUCUACCGAGUUCGGGACAAGUCCGAUUCAGCGAUUUUCAUUCAUAGACGCUUGACUUUGCCUCCCGCAAGUAAGGUGCUUUUGCAACCCGAGCUAACUGCGACUGCCAUUCCACUAAACCACAAGCUUGCACGCAGUGGACGAAGAUAUGGAAAUUGCAACACAAGG